GGUGCUCGCUGCCCCCACGCUGCUCCCUCGGCUGGGAUCGCGGCGUCUCCCGCUCGCCGCACUGCUUCACGCCUGGCCGGUGGCUCCGGAGGUGGCAGUCGUGCCAGGUGGGCUCGGGUGGACGGGCGCGGCGGUCGGAGCGAGGCGGCGGCGCGGGUGGACGGCGCAGAACCCAGCAAGUUCCUCGCAGGCGAUGUCGCCGGGCGCGGGCCCCUGCGUACGCCGGGCGCCGUGACAGGCCGGCCGGGGAGGCGCGGACGGGGGAGGCCGCGACGGAGCUCCCGAACUGGCCAUGGGCUGAGACGCAUCCUCGCGGAGCAGAACAUGCCGGGGUGAGACUCUCUGCCAGAUCCUGUGGCCUUCCUCGCUCUCCCCCCCAGUGACACUAUGCAACCCCAGGGUGACCUGCGAAGCCUCUGGCUCCUGCUGCUCUCCUUGUUCCUGCUUCUCUUUGAGGUAGUCAGGGCUGGCCGAUCUGUGGUUAGUUGUCCCGCCAACUGUCUGUGCGCCAGCAACAUCCUCAGCUGCUCCAAGCAGCAGCUGCCCAAUGUGCCCCAGUCUUUGCCCAGCUACACAGCACUACUGGACCUCAGCCACAACAACUUGAGCCGGCUGCGGGCUGAGUGGACCCCCACCCGUCUGACCAACCUGCACUCCCUGCUGCUGAGCCACAAUCACCUGAACUUCAUCUCCUCCGAGGCCUUCCUUCCGGUACCCAACCUCCGGUACCUGGACCUCUCCUCCAACCAUCUUCACACGCUAGAUGAGUUCCUGUUCAGCGACCUGCAGGCGCUGGAAGUGCUGUUGCUUUACAAUAACCACAUUGUGGUGGUGGACAGGAAUGCUUUCGAGGACAUGGCCCAGCUGCAGAAACUCUACUUAAGCCAGAAUCUGAUCUCUCGCUUUCCUCUGGAACUGAUCAAGGAUGGAAACAAAUUACCCAAACUAAUGCUCUUGGAUCUGUCCUCAAACAAGCUGAAGAAGUUGCCCCUGACUGACCUGCAGAAAUUGCCAGCAUGGGUCAAAAAUGGGCUGUACCUGCAUAACAACCCCCUGGAAUGUGACUGCAAGCUCUACCAGCUGUUCUCCCAUUGGCAGUACCGGCAGCUGAGCUCUGUGAUGGACUUCCAGGAGGAUCUGUAUUGCAUGUAUUCCAAGAAGCUGCAUAAUGUCUUCAGUAUGGAUUUCUUCAAUUGCAGCGAGUACAAGGAAAGUGCCUGGGAGGCCCACCUGGGAGAAACCUUGACCAUCAGGUGUGACACCAAACAGCAAGGGAUGACCAAAGUGUGGGUGACCCCAAGCAAUGAACAGGUGCUACACCAGGGGUCCAAUGGCACGGUGACCGUGUCCGAGGAUGGCAAUCUUCAUUUUAAAAAGGUGCAGGUUGAGGAUGGGGGUGUGUAUACCUGCUAUGCCAUGGGGGAGACUUUCAAUGAAACACUGUCUGUGGAGUUGAAAGUGUAUAACUUCACCUUGCACGGACACCAUGACACCCUCAACACAGCCUAUACUACCCUGGUGGGCUGUAUCCUCAGUGUGGUUCUGGUCCUCAUCUACUUAUAUCUCACCCCUUGCCGCUGCUGGUGCCGGGGUGUGGAGAAGCCUUCCAGCCAUCAAGGAGAUAGCCUCAGUUCUUCUAUGCUCAGUACCACACCCAACCAUGACCCUAUGGCUGGUGGGGACAAAGAUGAUGGUUUUGACCGGCGGGUGGCCUUCCUGGAACCUGCUGGACCAGGGCAGGGUCAAAAUGGCAAACUCAAGCCAGGCAACACUCUGCCAGUGCCCGAGGCAACAGGCAAGGGCCAACGGAGGAUGUCAGAUCCAGAGUCGGUCAGCUCGGUCUUUUCUGAUACACCCAUUGUGGUGUGAGCAGCAUAGGCUGAUGGGGAGGUUCUGCCCCAGGAGAGGUAGUGUACCCCUGAGGGAUAUGAGGGGGUGGAAGAGAGGGCUGGCUGCCCACGGGAGUGGGUUCCUCCUGACCACCAGGGAAUUGGUCAUGGGCACAAGAGGAGGCAAGACCCCAGUGAGGGUGUGGAUGCUGUGAGUUUCACAUAUGGAUAUAUUAAUCCUCAGGCAGAUGCCACACCCCUACCCAAGGCCUUGGCUAUUCUCCGUGUGGUAGAGGAGGGACGCAUCUGAGUUAGACAUGAACGAGGAAAGGGGUGAGGGGAGGAGCAGAUUCCCUAAACUUUUUUUGAGGUCAUCCCUAGCUCCUUAAGAGAAAACCAUUUGAAAAACAACUUUUUUUUUCUGUCUCUGCCCACCCACACCUGCGAAGUUGUGUGUGUUGGGGGAGCCUCCACAGGAGCCAUGCUGGGAAGCUGCAGUAUCUUCUCUGGUCGGGAAGUCACAUUCAUAGCUAGAGAACUGGAAACCUUUGGAAAAUGAGUCAGGAAAAGGCUGAGACCUGGAUCAAUAACACUCCCUAAAGCUGUCGUGAGGCUUCUCACUAGAGCCCGUCUUCUUUCCCCGGGAGUCCUGCGUAGGUGCAUCUUUGCAGGAGCCUGGCCUGUUGCCUGUUAGUUAUGGCAGCAAUAUAGGACAUUGUGUCUGUGCCUUGUCCUGGUGCAGGUGGCACAGAUGGGUACAAAAUGAAUUAAGAGGCCCCUGUCAUAGCAUAAAACUUGUAGAUAGGGCAUAAAUUCCAGGUAGGCUAAUUCCCUGGCUGGGAGAAAGCUUUGAUUAGUUUUUGACUCCCAGUGUCUAUCUGUCGGACAAGAGUAGGAGAUACUAAAGAAAGAGCAUUAUUGAUGCCCGCCACCACUGUGGCACCAGGGCCAUACUUGCUGUAGGAACAGGGAAAACCAGCCUCUUUGAUGUAGCAGCCAGCCAGACCUACCGUAUCUUCCAUGUGUGCCGUUUCUUCCAACGACCUUCUAAUCAGUUCAGGUGGGGUUCUGAGCCUUCCACAGAAUGCUGCUCUGCAAAGAGGAGUCAGUAAAGUAUGGUCCUGUUCAGUUAGACUAGGUCUGGAGAUAGACAGGACCUAACAUUUAUCUCUCUGCUGACAAGGCUGUCUCGCUCCUGCAAAGUGUGGGACUUUUGUCAUCUGAAGGACUGGAACCUAGUGGUCUCUGUCCCAAAAUGGCAAUACAGAGUAUGGCUUAGAGUUCUGUGCUCCCCCACCAGACUGGAAGGCAGGCAUCUUGUAACAGAGGCAGAAGGGGCACUACACUUUGAAAAGCCAGUCGGAGAUCAGUGCAGUUGUGACUGUCAGAGCAGAGGGACUUAAAAACAAACCCAGCCUUAGCUUCCACCCAGGCUUGCAAAAUGCUUCGGGUAGAGAUGACUGUGCCCUGCAUCCUGUGAGCAUACUGCAGGCCCCAGAGGCAGAGUUGUUCUGAGCUUUGAAAGAGGGGUGGGCAGGGCAGAGGUGAAAGUGUUCCCCAGCAUUGGUGUUUUCCGGUGUCUUUUCUUUCCCUUGUUUCCUGUGGUUGGAAGUCGUCCAGGUCCUCCAGUUUCCCGACCUGCUUUUGAGGUUCUAAGGGGUGUUGUUUACCUGUGGGUGAGGGCUGCUUAGUGCUAGGAGGGCCUCUUGGGCUGCCUAUAAGGACUGGGGAAGAGAAACUGAAGUAAACAUUGUCCCCUGUCUGCUCCUGGGAUCUCAAGGCUGCUGUCCAUCCUUCAUUAGUAACCUAGUUUUGUCAAGAGAGCAGUGCAGCGAUUCCCCUUAAGUAGUUGCAUGCACAUAGGUAUGCACGCUCAUAGGUAUGCAUGCACACCAGCGCCUUGAUGUCCACCAGGACAGUGAGUCUGUGGCCCCCUCUGAUGCCACCAUUUCUAGAACGGACUUCACCCACGCGCACCACUUCUCACACACAGUUUUUUUGCACUGCAGGAGAGAGAGUGACCACGCCAGGCUCCUCAAAUGCA